GGAGGAGGUUAGGUAAGCCGCUGCAAGAUCCGUUCUCGCUCCAACGUUUUAGGCACCGUAUGCACGUCCUUAUCGUACACGGUGGAGGUAUUACUCGUCAUACUUGUAUAAAACAAAAAUACAUGUCUUCCACGCCCUAGCGCGAGCAAUUCCCUAGUAUGGACAUCAAAUCCCGAACUGGGCGACGUAUCUCACGAGCAUAGAGUUUGAAAACGAAAGAGCUGCUGAAUUUCUCAUAUUACCUACCCCCUUCUUCUUCUUCUUCUUCUUCUUCUUCUUCUUCUUCUUCUUCUUCAAGAUGGCCACCAUCGGCGUCCUAGCCCUCCAAGGGGGCUUCGCAGAGCACCUUGUCUUGCUGAAGCGAGCUGCGGAUCAUUUGUCCGCUGGUGCACGACAGCCAGCUAUUGAUCUUACUGAAGUCCGCACGCCAGAACAACUUGCUACUUGCGACGCUCUGAUUUUGCCUGGUGGCGAGAGCACGACAUUGUCACUAGUCGCCGCGCAAUCUGGGUUGUUAGAGCCGCUGAGAGAUUUUGUCAAAGUGUCUAAGAAGCCGGUAUGGGGCACUUGUGCUGGUCUGAUACUUCUUUGUGAAGAAGCUAGCGCGACGAAACGGGGCGGGCAGGAACUCAUCGGCGGCCUAGAUGUAAAGGUACAUAGGAACCAUUUUGGUCGUCAGCUACAGAGUUUUGUGCACGAUGUCGAUCUCCCUUUUCUCAAGCAAGAGGACUCUACAGAGAAGCAAACUCCGUUUCCAGCCGUCUUCAUUCGUGCGCCCGUAGUCGAUAAGAUGCUAGAGCAGCAGCAGCAAACUGAUACGCCGCGACCCGCCAUCGAGAUCCUGGCUAGGUAUCCGUCAACUGGGGAAGGCGACAACAUCGUCGCUCUUAGGCAGGGUAACGUGUUUGGCACCAGCUUUCAUCCGGAGCUGACGGAUGACGUGCGGAUCCAUGUCUGGUGGCUGAAUCAGGUCAUUAAAGCGAGGCGCGAGAACUGAAUGAUGAGUUUAGCAUCUGAUAAU